UUGGCAGAUAUAGGUAUCGGAGAAAUAGAGCUUAAUUAUGAUAGACGAGAGGCGGUAGACCUGACUUACCCUCACAUCAUAGACCACAUUACAUUCACGUCACCCCCACCUAAACUAUAUCAGACAACAAUAGCGGAAAUUCAGACAAUUGAGGACUUGGCUAAUGCACAGGAGUCCGGAAUAAGACAUCCGAAUAUCAUACAAGAAUUGGCAAAUAUUUAA